UUAUAUUUCGUGGUUUCAUUAUCGAUAUAAAUAACUGUGUAGUACUUUGACCUGUUGGGCAACAAUCGCACGUUUUAAAUUCACUCGAUUCUAAUUCGAUAACUACUUUUUUCCCAUCACUACUACUCCCUACCCCCUGACCGCCCAGCUUGCUGUCCUCAUUCUUUUUCCGUGCGGGCAACAGUCAACAAGUUAAAAAUGUCUAAAAGAACCUACGAAGAAAGGAUUGACUAUUACAACAAUAAAAUUAAAAAGUACAUGGAUAAAGAUCGACGGAAACGACGACGUUUGCGGUUGAGUUCAUCUUCGGAUGAUUUCCCAGAAAAUGACUACAGGAGCGAGACCCUGGUGCUCGACCGAGACCAGGAGGCUAUCAUCGAGACCAUGGACCCUCCUCCAGAUCUCCGAGAUGAUUUAAGGGCUGGCUCCGCGGAGCCGCCCUCAGAAGACGCAGUGGACUUGAUCAUCGAGCCAACAGCGUCGGCCACGGAGCCUCCACCGGCCACAGACCCAGCGGUCGCCGACCAGCCCACGGGCGCCGAGCCCACCACUUCAACGACGGAUGUAGACCCCGAUAUUUUACAAGCUCUCGGGGAAGCUACGGACGUGGGACCUACGUUUGGCGAGGAAAUACACCAAACUUUAUGCCAAUUAUGGCAGCCCUUACUUAAAAAAGGUAUGUCCAAAGAAGCGAAGGACAAAAUUUUCAAACAGUACUUGAUUCCAAGCAACUGCACACUGCUGCAGGCGCCGAAACUUAACAUUGAAGUCUCCGCGACAGCCAACGAGAUGGUCAAGUCACGUGAUAAAAAAGUGGAGUCUGCCCAGCAACAACUUGGCGCGGGCAUCACGGCCAUCAGCAGAGCACUGACGACGCUGAUGACGACAAAUAAUAAAGUGGAGGCCGUUAGAGUAUUAAGUGAUGGCUGUCGGUUGCUAUGUGAUUUGCAUUUUAUGGAGACACAAGGCCGAAUCAAAAUUCUCGCAUCUGGGCUUACUAAGCCAUUCCUGAACGUCAUUCAAGACAGUGUACGGGACGAAACUUUGUUUGGUAAUAAUUUGUCUGAGAAGAUUAAAGCAUCAAAUACUAUAGAAAAACAAGGAAUGCAAAUAAGGAAGACACCACAACCUCCGAAAGCCACCACGUCCAGCCACUCAGGACCCAGACCUUCCCAGUUCCAGGGAAAUUGGACGGGCCCUCCUCGGUACCCAUACCCACCGAGCCGGGGGGGGCGCGGGGGACAGCGGAGGCCGCCACCCAGUGCGCGCCGCCCGGCGCCGGCGCCCGCGACCAGCAGGCCGCCGCCGCCGCAGGGCAGGUCGCGUGUCCCAACUCGUCCCUGA